CCCCGUUCAAUUCCUACGGCUCAUGGACAUCGCGGAGCGCCGCGUGGUGCCCAAGGGAAGCAACCUCAAGGAGGGUGGGGCUCCGCACAAGGAAGUUCUACUCAUCGUCGAGGGUACCGCAGAGGUCAAGUCCGAGGGAGUUGCCGUGUCCCACAUGGAGAAGGGUGGAUUCAUUGGGUCCAUGGCCUUCAUGCGCCUCAGUAAGAAGCUGUCCGCCGCCAAGCUCGCCGCCGACGACGGGCACUACGUCUACAAAGACGGAGGCAUGUUCCGGAAGGCUUGGGAAGCGAUCCUCGGACAGCUGCGGAGGGACGGAUCCGUGGUGGGAGAGGUGGCCCAGACCGUCGUGGGGGACAAGACGCUCAAGAGGCAGGACACGAUGGGGUUGGAGCGCUCCAUGUCCACUGUGACUGCCACCUCCGACGUGGUGGUGUACGUUUGGGACCAGCACGAGCUUCGCGAGUUCAUCAACCGCCGGCCCAUGAUCGGCGCGUGUCUCCAGAAGGCGAUCACGGUUGACCUGGUGAACAAGGUCGACCAGUCUCGCGACCACCACGAGCACUACCGGCAGCUGCUCGCCGAGACGUUGGACGGAGGACGGGUCACCUCCACGGAGAGGAAGAACUUGCAGAGGUACCGCGAGGGGCACGGUAUUUCGUUCGAGGAGCACCUGGACCGCCUCAAGGAGAACAACUGGACCGAGGAGGAGUUCGAGGCCGGCUUCCAGACGGGCGUGGCGACCCAGAACUUCCUCGAGUACGAGGCUUUGCUGCGCAAGGAGCUUGCCAAGGGGAAGGUUGGCAUCGAUGCACAGGAGCACCUUAUCGCGGUCGAAAAGCAGGGCUGGACGGCGGACGACUACGAGGCUGGCGCCAAGAACGGCUAGAUUCCAACAGACGAUUACCGACCCAUGCUCCACAGAGCGGACGACGGAUUUCCCAGUGGUAGGACGCGAAGGAUCGGGGGGAUGGGAAGGGGGGUCGUUUCUUGCCGAAAGGGGCGCCGUCGUGUGCUUUUGAUCCGCCCCCCCCCUGUGCCUGGGGGCACAGAGGCCGAGCAGAGGCACCCCUCAAAUAUCUUGAAAAGGUUGAGCCGCGGAGCUUGAUGGCUUGUGUCGUUUUCUUUGUUGCUAUUGGUACGCUCAGUACACGGCAGAAUGUGUCGCCACCUCACGGGAAGGGAGAGACUGUAUCUUUUUCAGGAAACAUCGAAAAUGUUCUGAUACGUGGGAGAGGGGAGGGUGAUCCAAACGUAGCAAACGUAGAUGUCUAGACACGCGGGGGGGGGGGGAGACGGCGAAUCGUGGUUUGCUUCACGGCGGCGGCAAGGGUCGAAGUUGAUCGCGUGGUGUGCGCACGUACACACAGGUGUAUGGCCGCCGGGCUUUUGGGGUGCAAAGAUAAAAAGGAGUCGGCGGUUGUUGGUGCGCAUAUCGGAACCAUCGAUCAAUCUCGUAGACUGCGACGGUUGGGCGCGAUCGGCAAGCUAGGCUAGGCCAAGAAGAAUCUUGUUUUCAGAGGACUCUCUUCGUUCAGUUACGACCAGAUUGUUGUUGCCCGAUAAGCAGUUGUGUCUGCCUGGACGCAUCUCCUGCAGUGACGUGAUUUGUUUCCUUGGGGGAAUACAGUGUGUCUGUCCCUCCCUGUGUUUUCUCGCCAUCAACGUGUUGGGCGCUUGUUGUGGAAGUGCGAGUUUGCUUUGCCUAUCUUGCCGUAGCGUUCGUUCGUUCGUUUGCUCUGUCCUGUUCGGAAACAUAGGACAGUACUGUUGGAGGGUCGGAUGAAUUCAGCUCACGUGUUGGUAUAGCAGUUUCGAAAAUAUCUACUGUACGUGGUUGCCAAUUCCGGUACACAGUUUCGGACUCGAGUUUUCCGACAUUUGGCUAGCGUUUUUUUACUUGUUGCAUACUUCGUAUAUAUGAUGUGGUAUUUGGGAUGACUGAAUCAGACUGACUCUGCUUGAAAUAGAAAUGGAGAUGGUUCUUGUGGCCAGGCGAUCAGGUCUUCCAUGGAACGGUGACGCCAACAUUUUGGUGCAUGUAGGUGACUGGCUGGUACACGGGUGUAGUAGAAAACCAGCGAGACGUGGAGGGUAGGAGUGAUUCCAGUUCGAUGAUCGACGGUCGAUGGGAUGAUGGGUGGUGUUGCUCGCGUUCGCUUUUUCUUCGUUUCAUUUUCGGUCUCCAGCUAUUUUGUUCGUGGUCUUCUCCUUGCCCCAACAUACAUGGACGUUGUGCCAAUGUUAGUCUUCCUGCAGAUCAUCUAGGGGCCAAAUUGGUACCCAAUCUAACGUGGCGGUGGUGAUUGGAUUCGUACCCCAUGCACCCGUGGGACGUUUUUUUUCCCUUGACGUGUUUUUGUGAGCCACGCAUCUCGCAGAUUGUAGCUUUCGUUUCAACGAAAUGAACGCAAUUCAGCGGUGUGGUCUGAAUAUCGAGGGGACCUUGAAGAGCCGAUACGCAAAGGGGGGCAGAGGGUUAGUUGGAGGACAAGAGGGGAGGCAUUGUUUAUCCACUAGUGGUGUUGGGGAAGUUGGAAGUUGUUGUCGGCUAUGGGAAGGACUGGAGACAUCGGCCAAGUACGCGCCUCUAGAUAUAAGGAGAGGACCAUCCAGCGCUGCACGUCUGCUGUGGGUGAGCGCGCGAAGAAAGAGUUCGGGACAUUUGCAUAGACUACCGGUUCAAUCGUUAGUUAUCUUCUUUAGUUGAAGUCGCCUGCCGAGCAAUGCUUCUUCAGUCACUGUAUCGAAUGCGCGACGCAAAAAGUGCCUUCCCUUGCUCAUCUUUUCCUUGCUCUCAGUUGUUUUUUUACCGAGGAAUAUGACCAUGGCGAAAGAUUAUCUUCUAUCUACGAAUACUAGUUACGAUGGUGGACGAUUUUUCUCGAUACUAGAAACGAGAGAGAGAGGUCAUGGGGGUAUAGUGUGAGGUGUGAGACCGCGUGAGGGUGUUGCACUCCCAACGUGCGAUUUCAUCCGAGUGAAGUCUGGUUGGUCUCCGUUGUUUUGCCUGGCGAACGAGAGAGAGCGGGAGAGUUGUGUCUUCGAGAGUGUUCUUCAUCUUCUGCAAUGACUGUUUCUUGCGUCGUAUGUAUGUAUUCACCUAUUCUAGUCACUCGUCAUUCUGCCGCGGGAGUAUCCUCAACGCGCGUUGAACAUUAUUACUGGGCAAAGCACACAACAGGGUAACCCUGGUCGAAAAGCGACUCAACUGGGUACAUGCAAUUCAAUAGUGAAGUUAACCCAAGUUAUUGGUCAACGCCCACUUUCACCCCGCCGCGUUCUAAAAGCGUGGGAUAUACUGUAACGUUCUGCCGUGGUUAGUUUUUUUCUCCAGAAUUGUUCCCCGAGUGACUUGACGGGAAAUGAGACCCCUUCUUUCUUCUUUCACUAACCAUUUUCCUCCG